AUGGCAGCUAUAGCAAUCCACUACUCAAUGACCAUUGGCCUCAACAAAGGCCACAAAGUGACCAAGAAUGUGGUAACUCCAUACCAGUGCCACCGCCGUGGGCACCUGACCCAACACAGCAAAUUUGUUCAGGACAUGAUCCUGGAAGUGUGCAGCUUUACACCUUACAAGAGACGCGCAAUGGAAUUCUUGAAAGUCUCCAAAGAUAAGUGAGCUCUGAAAUUCAUAAAGAAAACCAAGAGAAAGCGUGAAGAACACAGCAACAUUUUGGCAGCCAUGAGGAAGGCAGCUGCUGAGAAUGAUUGA